AUGCCAGCAACUCGAUCGGCCAUUAUUAGUACUUUCAUUAUCUCCUGUCUCUUUUCACUGACCCUUAUUACUUUGUACUUAAAUUAUGGCUCUAGCGAUUGUCACGAAGGUUCAUUUUUGUGCAUCCAGUCGGACGUUUGUAUUGCAAAUAAAUAUAAAUGCAAUAAUUUUUCUGAUUGUCAACACGGAGAAGACGAAAAUUAUCUCAUAUGCACCGACUUCUCUGGAAGUCUGCAACAUUAUCACAAAGUCAUAUUCACUGAAGACCCUGAACCAGAUCCAAAACCAGAAUCGGUACCAGAACUGGAACCAAAACGUAAUGAUUCAGAAGUUGAAGAUAUUGACUUGCCUUGUGCUUUAAACAAUUAUCCCGCCAAGUGUGAUUGUUUGAUCGGAACAUGGUUACGAUGUAAUAGUGUUGGACUGACGAAAGUGCCAAGAAAUAUUUCUUCUAAUCUAAAAAGAAUAGCAAUGAGAAGCAACAAUAUAGUUCUUUCUAACGAUUCAUUUGAUGGGUAUAAUUCGUUGGUAAUGAUCCACUUAGAAAAUAAUAGAUUGGCUGUAAUACCUCCGUUCGUCUUUAAAUAUCAAAAUAAAUUAAGAUAUCUUUUUUUAUUACGUAACGAAUUGAAUGUUUUGGAAAAAGACGCCCUUUACGGAUUGGAUAAUAUUAGAACCCUAUUUUUGGAUAAUAAUCACUUGGUGUUUUUAAAUUUGAACUCCUGGAAACAUAUGGUCAAAGUACAAUGGAUAUAUCUGUCAAAUAAUUUAUUGACUUUUAAGAACGAGUGUUUUCCACUCUUUACGAAUCUUGAAAUGUUACAUUUGCAAUGGAAUCGUAUUGAAACAAUUAAUGAGUUCAUGUUCGCAGACUUACCAAAUCUAUCGGUUUUGAACUUAAGUAACAAUGUAAUCACAGUGGUUCAUAAAAACGCAUUUCAAAACUUAUUGAAUCUUUCGGAUUUAAAUAUAGCUGACAAUCGCAUUACAACAAUCACACAGGAAAUGCUACAUCCAUUAAAAAUAUUAGAUAAAUUAGUUUUAAGAAAUAAUCCAAUUACAAGAAUAAAUAAUGUUAUUUUCACAGAAAUGAAAAAUCUCUCUUCGUUAGAUAUGAAUGGCAUAAAUAAAGAAAAUAUUGAAAUGUCAUUAUUUCAUAACUUGACUACGCUGGAAUAUCUUUACUUGAAAGAAUUCCAUUAUUGUGUUUUGUACGCCCCACAUGUUGACUUUUGUUUACCAAAUACCGAUGGGUUAUCAUCAAGUUUAAACCUCCUACCAAAUUCAACUUUUCGAUGGUUUCUAUGGAUGGUGACAGUCCUAACAUUGAUUUUUAACGCAUUGGUGUUAUACGGUCGGAUGUUUAGUACUUUUGGAGAUGAAAAUAAAGCAAUAAACUUUGUCAUACGGAAUUUAGCUGUUGCAGAUUUAUUUAUGGUGAUAUAUUUAACGGUUAUUGGUUAUCAUGAUCAAAUAUACCGGAAUGAAUAUUAUUUGUAUGCUCACGAGUGGGAGUCAUCUAUUUUGUGUACUAUAAUUGGGAUUAUGGCCGUGAUAUCGUCAGAAGUAUCUAUGCUCAUGCUGGUGUUUCUCAGUUUGGAAAGAUUCUUACUCAUAGCUGUACCAUUUUCUGGAUAUCAAGUACUGAAAUUGAAAACAGCCGUUUACUGUAUGAUAUCAAUUUGGGCGGUUGGGAUAAGUAUAUCAAUAGCGCCAAUGAUUUUAUGGAAGCACUCGUCAAGGUUUUACGGUUCUAAUGGUUUGUGCUAUCCUUUAUAUAUUGAAGACCCAUUUGUUGGUGGGUGGCAAUAUUCAGCAUUCAUGUUUUUAGGAUUACAUCCAAUAAGUUUAUUGCUUAUGUCCGUUUUGUAUGCAUUAAUGUUUAUAAGUGUCAAAAAAACAAGACGAGCUGCCCACAUAUCUGCUGGUGAUUUCGAUUUUGCAGUUCGUUUCUUUUUCAUUGUUUUGGCGAAUGUUUUAUGUUGGUUACCAAUCAUAAUUUUGAAAUUCGCGGCAUUAAGAAAAUAUCAUGUUUCAAGUAAGACGUACGUAUGGAUAAUAAUUUUUGUUGUGCCAAUCAAUGCAUUGGCCAAUCCAUUAUUAUAUACUUUCACAACUCCUAAGUUUAUAACUGCAGUAACUUCCAAAAAUAUCUUCAAGAUGACACACCGCAACUCAAGCAGUGUUGUAGAAAUGUCACAAUCAUCACACCCGAUAUCCUUGUACAGUGGAAAAUACAUCAAGAAGAAUAGAAAGGCGGCACUUGAAGAAAAACGAAAUAAAAAUAAUACUACUCAAGAAAAUAGUUUAGAAACAACAAAUGGUGAAUAA